GGUCAAUUGACAAUGUGAAAAACAAGAUAUUUUACCGAUAUUAUAAACAUUUCUAAAGAAGAAAUAGUAUCCCUGAAGUUGAUAAGAUGUAUCACCGGAUAUUUUCCUUCCACCAAUUUAUUUUCAGUUUUAUUGACUCAACAACCUGUUGUUUACACAUGGCUGACAGUAAAAUGUCUGUGUGGUAUGUUCAGUGUAACUUCACAGAUUGAGAUCAGAAUCUAGUGAAAAAAUCAGAAAGAUGUCUAGCAGAAAAAUGCCAACUGGAGCCAAACCUAAACAGGCUGGUUCACAGACAAGAGGUUCCAGUCAAGCAGUUGUUCCCCGGGGUAGGGGUGCAGGGCGAGGCACAGGAAGGGGCGCAGGAAGUAAGGCCGUGGUUCCUAUGGGAAGUCGACAGAUAGCUAUGACGAAGGAUUCAGAGGGAAUGCUUGUUCCUGAAGGAUAUACAAUGAGAAAAAUUGAGCCAGCCAAGAACUAUGAUGUUGUGUCCUUUGCUCGAGCAAUGAAUGAGGACUUCGCUCCUCGUCUGAAAAAACUCUUUGAUCCGGAAACAGAAGCAGCGCUGGAAGCCCAGAGAACAGGCAUUUACAUCGGGUGGAGAUGUCCAGAGUUCAAGCAUGACUGUCAGCGAGUCAACAAAAUGUCUAAGUGUUUUUGUGGACACUUGCUGGGGGAACAUGAUAAUUACACAGGUAAGAGUAUCCGCGUUCCAUGUAAGCAGGGAGGCUGUAAGUGUAAAGCCUUCGCCUGGAUUCCCUCCAGACCGGAGGAUGUCGGGGAGUUUUGGUUCCAGAGGAGGCGGGAUUUUGAUCCCAGCACCUGGCGAGCUAAGUGUCGCUGUAAACACACCCACGAGGAGCACGACCCCGUGAUGAGGCGAUGCAAGACCAGAGGAUGUGGAUGCGGAUUGUUUGACUCUAACUUCCUGUGCGCAGCAUGUGAUAAACACUGGGAGCAACACGAGACGUUCUUUGAAACGGAGGACGAAAGAAGACAAAAUGGUCUCCCUGUUGGAGAAAUGUACAUACCGUUCGCGGAGAUGCCAAAUUUACGUAACAUCGCCCUGACCGGUGACGAGUACGAUGACACUGCUUACCUGGCUCUCACCCAGGGGGAGGGCUCCAUCCCACAGUCUAACAGACCCGUGGGUAAUGAGGCUCCAGUCAACUUUGGCGGUGGACCCAAAAGUGGGUUCAAACCAGUGUACGACUGAAAAAACCCAUCCCAGCAGAAUCUAUUUAUUGACAUCUUUGUUUAUUUUGUUCAAGUUGUUUGAAAAGCAGACACAGUGUGGUUGGUUGAACUGUUUACAUUAGUUCAAAUUUAUGUUUUUUUAUAUACGUGUCCAUUUAUACAUUAUUGAUGAUGUUAUGAUGAAAGUGCAUUUUUGCUGAUUCUGACAGACGAAGAUUGCAUGUAGUUGUGAUAAUAUAAUUAUUUUAAGAAGAAUGAUUUUUUCACAUAAAUUGUUAUGUUUUCAAAUUUUAUCUUAGUUGCACACAAUGAUAUUGUUUUACUGUUCAUUAGUUACUAGUAUUUUACUACAUCGGGUGGCAUUUAAAGUGGCCCAUGGUUUACUGUAAACAACUAUUAUUCAUGACGACUUUAAAUUAUUUUUGCGAUUUACCUGAGAUGAACUGGUUCGCGGAGACUAUUUUUCGUGGCCAAGUCCCAUCCACACCUGUUUUGAUAUUACAACUAUACGGCAAAAACUGGUAUGUGACAAGAAAUAUUCGCAACAAUGAGGCUCCCGAAAUUUCUUGUACACGAAUAAAAGUUGGUUUGCAGUAAUUGCAGUGACUAUUCUUUAAAACUAUAUAAUUUCCUGCAAACUUUAAAGUUAAAAUGUUUUGAAAUUUACUCUACUACAUAUAAUAGACUGUAACUUGACAAAUCACUCUUAAAAAUUUAAGGUAGAUCUGAUGAAUCAUUUUGUGAUAAAAUGUGAUGAAACUUGAUCUCUUUAUGGAAAAACCUGUCAUUUUGAUUGUUUACAAUCAGUUAAAUAUUAAGGAGAAAAAAUACAGACUACAAACAAGAAUUGCCAACCAAACACCCGUCAAAUUGAUGCUCUUGUGCAUGCUUGAUAUGGAUAGUCCUACUGAGGUUUCAUUAACUAUCUAUAUUGUUGUUUUGUUUUUUUAUGUUUUUAUUUACUUAGAUGCAUAUGAGGUAUGCAUUGUUAUUCAGUUAGUAUUUUUAAAUUGGUGCUUAUUUGGUACAUUUCCCAACUUUUUGUUUUAAAAGUAUUUUAAUGAUAGAUUACUACAUUUUGUAUUUAUUAGUGUUUGCUCAAUUUUGCUUUUAAAUGUGCAAAAUGAUUUUGUUUUUCUUUGAUCCUUUAUCUGCACAUGCAAUAUAUAUGUAUAUGCUGUUCAAAGUCUUUACUUUAAUGAUAUUCAGAUUAAAAAUUCCGCUCAUUUGAACAUUUAAUUAUCUUAUCUAAUUAAGAGUACAUCCUCCAUGUAAGAAAACUUUUAUAUAAAACGCUAGUUGUAAUGAAAAAUUUAAUAAUUGCUAUACAAGGUAAAUAUUUUUUAAAAGUUGUAUAUUUCAUAUUUAUCAUAUUUUUUACUUUUUUUUAUUAAAUUAUUUGUUUUACUGAAUUACAUUGUACAAUAUGUAUAUCAAACUCCAUUUCAUAUUAUGAAUGAAUAUAUACAAUUGCACUUUUCAAGUUACAGCCUUCAUUGUAUUAAAAUAAAAUGUAAAAAAUAUAUAUUUGGAAUCUUAUAUAUGUGAAAGUGUAGUAAUUAAUUGCAUUUUUUUAUGUGUAUAUUAUUUAUUUAUACAUAUUAUAAUUUAAGUUAAAGUUAAUUCUUAAUUAUUAUAGAUAGCUUAAUCACCUUAUAGUUACCGGUGUAGCAAUAAAGUCGGGAUAUAUUUUUUUUCAAAUUGAUCAUAUAGAGAUUAGAUAUAAUUAUCUUUCAAAUGAGUAGUACUGUAUGAGCUCUAGGUCAUAUAUAUGAGGUUCCUGCAUGGAUAUAUCAGCUUUACAUUGAUACUCAAAAUAAAGCCCAAUUAACAUACAUAUUAUGAGCUGACUUAUUGUUUAAAAAUCAUUAAUAAUCUAAAUUAAUUAGAGGUAACAUAUACAACAUAAUUGAACAUAUACAGCUAGCUGAUUAAUUGUAAUUAUAGAGGUCAGACUCAUAUAAAUAUUAACAAUAUUA